UCUCUUCCCGCGCAUAUUUAUACUUAAAAAUCCCUGCUCGCAUUCUCCUUGGAGAAGCGACAGAGAAAAAAGAGAGAAGAAAGAGGGGAGAAAAUGGCGGUUGCAGGUCUCUACAGGCGAGUCCUUCCAUCUCCUCCUGCAAUCGAAUUCGCUUCUUCCGAAGGAAAGCAACUCUUCAAUGAAGCACUUCAAAAUGGAAACAUGGAAGGUUUUUUCAAGUUGAUUUCUUACUUCCAGACACAAUCUGAGCCUGCAUACUGUGGUUUGGCUAGCCUUUCUGUGGUUUUGAAUGCACUCGCCAUUGAUCCCGGAAGAAAAUGGAAAGGGCCUUGGCGAUGGUUUGAUGAAUCUAUGUUGGAUUGUUGUGAACCUUUGGAAAAGGUUAAAGCUGAAGGGAUUACAUUUGGGAAAGUUGCAUGUUUGGCUCGUUGUGCUGGAGCUAAAGUUGAAUCUUUCCGGACAAACCAAAGCACCAUUGAUGAUUUCCGUAAACAUGUCAUAAGAUGUUCUUCUUCUGAAGAUUGCCAUCUGAUCACAUCAUAUCAUAGAGGACCUUUCAAGCAGACAGGAAGCGGUCAUUUUUCACCUAUUGGGGGUUAUCAUGCUGGAAGCGACAUGGCUCUCAUAUUGGAUGUUGCCCGCUUUAAAUAUCCUCCGCAUUGGGUUCCACUAGCGCUUCUAUGGGAAGCCAUGCGUACCAUUGAUGAAGCAACGGGUCAGCAUAGGGGGUUCAUGCUUGUCUCAAGGCUUCAUAAUCCUCCAUCUCUGCUUUAUACCCUGAGCUGUAGACACGAGGGUUGGGUCAGGACUGCGAAGUAUUUGAUUGAAGAUGUCCCGCUCCUGUUGAAGUCUGAGGAUGUAAACAACAUUCAAACUGUUCUUACUGUUCUAUUUUCAUCUCUACCCACCCAUGUUGGGGAGUUCAUCAAAUGGGUUGCAGAAGUUCGGAGGACGGAGGAAGGGGGGUCGAGUUUAAGCCAAGAAGAGAAAGCGAGGCUUGCUGUUAAGGAAGAGCUAUUGAAACAAUUCCAUGAGACUGAACUAUUUAAACGUGUGACGGAAUGGCUGUCUUCUGUGAGCCCUUGUUUCAGAAACAUCUUGUCUUUGAGUAAUGGAGACACUUUACCUGAAAUUGCAUCAAGCGUUUGUUGUCAAGGUGCGGAACUAUUGAUGGGGAAGGCUGGAGCAGCUGCUGGAUUUUGCUGCAAGGCUACGUGUGUGAAAUGCUUGCCGGCUAAUGGUGACCUGCCGAAGACGGUUGUCUCCGGGACAGUGGUGACAGGUUUUAGCAAGCAAGAGGUUGAUAUGCUGGUACCUGUAUCCCCACCAAGGCCAGGGAGUUGUUGUGGUUCAGCUUCAAGUUGUUGUGUUGGUAUGCAUCCAGCAUCUAACGAUGUUCUAACAGUUCUGGUGCUAGCCUUGCCUCCACAAACAUGGUCUAGUAUCAGAGAUGAGAAGCUGCUAUCUGAAAUUCAAGGCCUUGUAUCGAUUGACGAUCUUCCUGUCAUGCUUCAAGAGGAGGUGCUGCACUUGCGACGGCAGCUCUAUUUCCUCAAGAGAUGUCAAGAUAACAAGGUGGAUGAUGAUGUCAGUGCCGCUCCCGUUGGCUGAUAUUAUUGAUCCCCCUUAUUUCUCUUGGUGCAUGAGAAGAAUGCUUAUAUUCCUAUGUUUGAGAUUGUAAAUUCUUCAGGAAAUCAGCACAAGCUAAGGAACUGGAUAGACAUUGCAUAGGAUGUCGUUGUUCAAUAAGGUGGAAGGUGAAGAUACUGCUGAGAGAUGGGGAUGUUAGCAAGUCGCUAUCAUCUCGUUGUUGGUGUUUGGUGGAAGGAUGGCUAUUUUGUGAGAGAUAUUUUGGCCUUUGGGUUAGAUCUCAGCUUCAGUGAAAUGUUUCAAUUCAACACAAAUCUUGGGCCAAGGAAGAUCUUUCGAUGAAAUUUGUGUAAUUCUCCAGUUUUUUGAAUAUUAAUAUAUUUCAGAAUGGAGGAAUGAUCUGAUCAAAUUGCA